AUGUACGAAGAUCAUACAGAGCUUGAAAAAAACGAAGCACCAAAGCAUAUUAAACUACCUAAAGAAGAAAUUACACCUGAGUUCAUAGCGUGGGUUCGUGAACGAAGAGCCAUUGAAAGACGUGAGAGACAACGUCAGCUGAGGUUUGAUCCUAAGUAUGAUUUCAUCAAGAGGGAAUUAUUAGAAGUACCACAUCCUACCGAUGAAGAAUUAUUAUUAAAUGACAAAAACUCAGUUAAUAUAAAGAUCAUGACUUAUAAUAUUCUUGCACAGUCACUGAUCCGCAGAGAGUUAUUUCCAGAAUCUCAUGAUGCUAUUAGAUGGUCAAAUCGUUCUAGGACUUUCAUUAAUUUAUUUAGAUUUUAUGAUUCAGAUGUAAUUUGUAUGCAAGAGGUUGAUAUUCAACAAUGGGAUAAAUUUUGGGUUCCACAAAUGCAUGAUUUAGGGUAUGAAGGUCGUUUCUUCAGAGGUGCGCGCACGAAAGUCCAUGGUGUAGCAAUAUUUUGGAAAUUUGAUAUGUUUGAUUGUGUUAAUAAAGUGGAGAUUGAUUUAGAUAAUGAAAUUGAAUUACCAAGAGAAAUUUAUGGGGUUUCUAAGACACGAACGAAGACUAGGAAUGCAGCUUUGAUUCUUGCAUUACAAUUUAAGCAUAAGGAAGGUAAAAGAAAGGGGAUUCUUAUUGGGACAACUCAUCUCUUCUGGCAUCCAUUUGGGACAUUUGAGAGAGUAAGGCAGUUGUACUUAAUUUUAGAAAAUUAUAGAAAAUUUAUUGUUAGAAUGAAUAGCAAUACUAUAGAAACAACUUGGUUGCCAUUUUUGGCAGGUGAUUUUAAUUCUCAACCUAGUGAUCCACCGUAUUUGGCACUUACUUCAAAACCAAUUAAUUUUAAAGGACGACAAAGAGCUAUAUUAGAGUGUAGUGCAACAUAUAGGUAUUCUAAAAGAAGAAAUGGAGCCUUACAACACGAAAGUGAUGACGAGAGCGAUGAGAAUGUAGAUGACAAGGAGGAGGAUUGUAUAAUACAGUUAAAUCCAACAGAUUCAAGGCCUGAAAUAUUCGAUGCAAAUGAUGAACAAAGGAGAUCUGUGGAUGAAUUAGAAAGUAUUCAUAAUUCAUUAGACAUAAAGGCAACUUCAUUAUACGGUUUAGGCUAUCGUUUCGUUCAUCCGGCGAACACAGUCUUUGAAAAUAUGCAUAAUGGUGAGCCUGAAAUGUCGCAAAGUGCGAUAAAUUGGACUGGUCUAUUAGAUUAUAUAUUUUAUAUUGAAAAAUGGGACGGCUCCAUAUCUAGUAAUACAAGUGACAUUGGAAUACAUCACUUUGAAGAAAAGAAUCUAUUCCGUAUCAACGCCUUAUUACGUAUGCCGCGUAAAGAUGAAAUGCCCAAUCAUGUUCAACCACAUAUGUCAGAGUUCCCAAGUGAUCAUUUAUCAAUGAUAUGUGAUUUGCAAAUAAAAUUAUAA